AUGGAGAAGUAUGAAGAGAGAGAUAAGAGAACCGAAACCAAAGUGGAAAAGAUUGGUAAACAAGUUGAUACCUUGGGAGACACUCUAACCGAAGAGUUCACUAGUUUUCUUGUUCCACUACUUGAGUCUAACAUUGGAGCUAAGCAAGCUGCUAUGGAAAAGAGGAUCAAGUCUCUUGAGGAGAAUCUAGAAAGCUCAAUCUCACAAGAAGAUUUCGUGGAGAACAAACCACAAGGUAGCCUUAUUCAUCCUCCACAACAUCUCGACGUGAAGGAAUCUGCUCAAGCCACCGAAGAACAUCAAAAGUAUUUUUUGAGAAAUAAGCCACAAGUUCUGAUGGAGACCAAGAACCUUACACCCGAUUCGCAAGAGAUUUCUCAAGGAGAAGAAGUUUCGGUCCUUACCAAGGAUUGUUUUGCUGUAACAACUCUUGAAGCCUCACCACCACACGACAUCUCACAUAUAGGAGAAGAAGGAUCAACACCCCAUGUCGCUUGUAACACUAUCACAACCUUCAAAGGAGUCCAACCUUUGCAAGAACUUGAAGAAGGGGAGAUCUAUGAAGAAGAAGAUGAGCCAUUCGAGGGAACACAGUUACAAGAUCAACCACGUUGUCUCACCCUCUUGAACAACCGCUGGAAAGAGAUGAAAGAGAUCUAUGAUCAAGCCUUACACUAUCCACAGCCGUUCAACACACUACACAAAGUGGAGAGCCUUGGCCGAUUCCUCAUCACUUGUUCUAUCAAUGGAGUUACAUUCGAAGAUGCAUUAUGUGAUUCUGGUUCAUGUAUCAACAUCAUGUCAACCGAUGCUGCAAGGAAGAUUGGCUUGAGACACCUACAACCCUCAGACAUACGCAUAGGACUCGCCAACUCCUCAUUCACAAUACCCGACGGAAUGGUGCGAGACAUUCAUGUGAGAGUUGGAAUCUGCAAUGUUCCAACCGAUUUUCAAGUCAUCAAUGCUGAGAAAGGGAGGUUUACACCACUUAUCCUUGGAGGAGCAUUCCUAGCCACAGCCGGAGCCGUCAUGGACUGGCCUAACCGAAGAAUGACUCUCACCAACGUCAAUGGAGAUAUUUUCUAUGAAGCUAAACCAUUCAACCCACCUACUCGAAGGUGUAGAGAAGAAGACUAUGCAAGAGAGCCACCUGAUGCCUUUGAUGGAGGAAGAUCCAAGAGAGCUUGUCUAAGGACAACUCACUCUCCUAACCAUGCUUGA